GAUUGUGCAACCCAAGCCACUCCCCAUCGUCCCGUUCAGCUCACGAAAGAAGAGAGCAGAGAGGUGAGACCAGUCCGAAAAUCCAACCGGAGACUUCAAGAAAUGGAAGCCGCCGGCCCACAAACGCAGCCGCCGGCGCCGCACCCAUUGGUGGCUCCGCUGUCGUUUCUGCUGGGCAAGUGGCGCGGCGAGGGCGAGGGAACCUUCCCCUCCAUCGCCCCGUUCCGCUACGGCGAGGAGAUCCUCUUCUCCCACCACCCUUCCAAGCCGGUGAUCUCGUACACGCAGAAGACGUGGAAGGCGGCGUCCGGCGACCCGAUGCACGCCGAGAGUGGGUACUGGCGGCCCCGCCCCGACGGCUCCGUCGAGGUGGUCAUCGCCCAGAGCACAGGCCUCACCGAGGUCCAGACGGGUUCAUAUGACAGUGAAAAGAAAACAGUGACACUCCAAAGCGAACUUAUUGGCAAUGCAUCAAAGGUGAAGCAGAUCACGAGGGCUUUUCAGGUGGUGGAUGGGGAGCUCUCAUACGUCGUUCAGAUGGCAACAAUCACAAACAGUCUACAGCCGCAUCUGAAAGCGCUUCUCAAGAGGAUCUGAGCAAUCUCCUUGGGUGGGAUUGCGGUAACAUACCGUAUCUGAAGCUCUAGAUUCUUUGGGAAACUUAAAGUUCAGCUAAUAAGGAGCUUCUACUCCCUCCGUCCGAAAAAACUUGUCCCUCAAAUGGAUGUAUCUAGCACCAACUGGAACAAGCUUGGGACAAGCUUUUCCGGACGGAGGGAGUAUUUAUUAUUUGCGAGAACAUGAAAACCUAUCAUUUGCUGGUGGAAUCUGAAGAUUAUUCAGGGCUUACUUUCGUAUAAGCUUUUAUGAGCGUCA